AAUCUACUUAAGGAGUGCUAUCCAGCAGCUACAAUUACUCCUAAAAUGCACUAUAUGAUUCACGUUCCUCACUGGAUGAUAAAGUUUGGUCCUGUUGUGUGUUACUGGACAAUGCGUUUUGAAGGGCGUCAUAAAUUGUUCAAGAGACUUACUUCAGUCAUGGGUAAUUAUAUUAAUAUACCAAAAUCAUUGGCAAACAGAUAUCAGGAAUAUCAAUGUUAUUAUCUUCUUAAUAAUGACAACUACUUCAGACAGGAGACAGUUAUUGGGAAAACUCAAAGAAAAAUGGUUCAAGAUCUAGUGUACAAGGAAGCACUUAUGGCAAGGCUUCCUGGACUGGCAAAUGAUCGUGUCAUAAAAACAACAGCAAUGGUAGAAGUGAUGGGUACUUCUUACAAGCCAAAAUGCUGUCUUCUUGUUGGUUAUCAUGAUGACUUGCCUCAGUUUGGACAGGUGCUGGAUAUUGUAGUUGACCAUCCACAAAUCUAUCUUGUGCUUGAAGUCUUGACCACUUGUCACUUUUAUAAUCAUUACUUCAGCUAUGAAGUAGUGACAAUGCGAAAUACACAGUGUGCAGUGCUGUUGAUAUCUGAGCUGAAGGAUUUUCAAGUACUCCACUUGCGGCAAGUGACAAUAGAGAUGAAGACUAUCAAGCUUAUAACGCCUAAGUAUAACAUUGACCCAUAGUAAUUAAUGAUAGAGUAACAGCUGUUGAAAGAAGCCACAAUUAAUUGUUACAGUUCCAGAACUUGUGCUUUAUUGAUUGUAUACUCUUUUCAGUUCAUGAUAAACAAAAUUUAAAGAUGGUCUAAUCAUCCAUUCAGCCAUGCACAUGCUUGCAAUUUUUUCUAAUUGAGUACAAUCAUGUUGAUAUCUAUUUACUUGUGAUAGUGAAUCCAAAAGAAAAAAUUUCAGAUGAUUCUGACUCUGCGUUGACCUUUCACUAUUUCUGGUGCAAUGUGUCCAUGCCUUCUCAUGUACUCUUCUUGAUGAGUCUUGCUGACACGAUGAAUUUUUCCAUUUGCUAACAUACAGACUUUUCCAAAGUCAACAAUGACAGGUGACAAUUCAUCAGUCCUCUUCUCUGACUAUGUUGUCUGCCUUCAAGUCAUUAUGAAUAAUAUCUUUGUUGUGCAAGUACUGAAGGGCAUUACAUACCAUAAUCAGUAUUCUUGUUGCAUCAGCUGCUGAGAUUUUCUCU